GACUGUUUAUUUGUGUUCCAGGAGCGUGAUGGCAUGCGUGCUAUACUGGAGUCGUAUGACAGCGAGCUGGCAUCAAACGAGUACUCUCCUCAACUCAGCAAGCGAGUCAAAGAGGCAGAAGAAGUUCUGCAGAGGACACAAAAUCACAAUACAGAGAUGGAGGCCCAGCUUACCAAGGCACAAGAGGAGACAGGGGUACUCAAACUACAGCUGCAGAAGGUGGAGCUUGAGUUGGAGACUGUAAAAAAGCAGCUGGCUUCUGAAGGUGGCAGCGGCUCUUUAGCGAACAAAGAAGAGGUCAAUAUACUAAGGCAAAAAAUUGAAGAUUUAGAGAAGGAGCGACAGCGUUUGGAGGAGCAGAAUAACAUUCUUGAGAUGAGACUGGAGAGACACAACCUGCAGGGAGACUAUGAUCCUGUCAAGACUCAGGUCGUCCAUCUAAAGUUGAACCCAACCACUGAGGCCAAGCAGCAGCGUCAGCAGGAGGUGGAGGAUGUUCGAGAGGAAUUGAACCGCCUUAGGGAACUUGUACGUUCCUUCCAGGAAGGAGGAAUGGUCGCACAAGACGACUCCAGGAUCCAUACUUCUGGCCUCAGCCUCAAUUUACCACCAUCCAAGGAAGUGCUGGAUUUACGUAAGCAGAUGGAGAGCUCUGAGCUGAGGAACCAGAGGCUGAAGGAGGUGUUUCAAAAAAAGAUUCAAGAGUUUCGCACCGUCUGCUACGUCCUCACCGGUUACCAGAUAGACAUAACCACCGAGAACCAGUACAGGCUCACCUCGGCCUAUGCAGAGCACAUGCAGGACUCUUUGCUCUUCAAAAAGGGCUCCAAUGGAAGCAUGCAGCUCAUGGAAACGGAGUUCUCUAAAACUCUGGGAGAGAUGGUGAACCUUCAUCUGCACCACCAGAAGAGCAUCCCGGCCUUCCUGUCCGCCGUGACCCUCGACCUGUUCAGCCGACAGACCGUCUUCUGAAGAGUUUGGCAUCAUAGAUAUAACAGGAGAUCAGUUUUUUUUUUUUUUUUUAUGGCUGUGAUUAUCAUUUGCCUUUUUUAAUAUCUACAUUUUUGUCACCUGUCUCCCAAAACUCUAUAUACAACAUUUCAUGCUGAAGUUCUCUGCACUGCCAGCCACUAAAACUGAAGCUUCUUAUUAAAGCUUCUGAAAUAAAAUGUAUAUUUUUAUUGAAGUUGCAUAAUCCAGCCAGAGGCACAAUUAUUGGUACAAUGCCUUUAAAACAAAUGUAAGAUUUUUUUUUUUUUUUUUUUUCUUCACUUUAGUUUUUAAAUUUAAUUGCCCAGGAACUUCAAAUUACUAAUCCAUAGCAUCAUGCUUGCCUUGGGUUUAAAUAGGAUGUGGCACAUUUCUCUUGUCCAUGUUGGCCACUAGGCUUGAAGUCAAGGCAACUUCAGAUUUGUUUUUAUUCAAAAUACGGUUUAUCUACCAACAGGAGGUUACAUGGAGUAGUUUUUGUUUGAUAGGAGGUCCUAAUCUGUCAUAUUUCAUUAGACUCGCAUAUAAAAACUGGGAUUAGGUUUGGAAAUAGGGAGUAAUAUAACAUUUGGAAAAUAUGCAAUUAAAUAAAGUAUUCAUCUGCUUUGAUCCUU